GUUUGGCGAAGGCAGCGGAUUGACAAAGUGGUCCUUCAAAGUUUCCUGCUUCCAGUUUGGCCGGGGGGGAGGGAGGGGGGGACACACCAUGUCUCUGACCAACACAAAGACCGGCUUUUCCGUCAAGGACAUCCUGGACUUGCCUGACACCAAUGACGAAGACGGGUCCAUCGUGGAAGGGGGGGACGAAGAAAGCGAGGGCGCCGAACCCCCCAAAAAACCCGGCGCUUUGGGGUCCAGCCCUCUGGACGCCGUUCAGACGCUGCCUUUGAAAAACCCCUUUUAUGACAAUGCCGACAAUCCCUACACGCGCUGGCUGGCCACCACCGACAGCAUCCAGUAUUCCCUGCACGGUUUGGCCUCCGGCAACUCGCAACAGGACUCGGCGUCCAAAUCCCCGGAGCCUUCGGCCGACGAGUCGCCGGACAACGACAAGGAGACGUCCAGCGCGGGCGACCAGGGCAAGAAGCGCAAGCGGCGGGUGCUCUUCUCCAAGGCGCAGACCUACGAGCUGGAGCGGCGCUUCCGGCAGCAGCGCUACCUGUCGGCGCCCGAGCGGGAGCACCUGGCCAGCCUGAUCCGCCUGACGCCCACGCAGGUGAAGAUCUGGUUCCAGAACCACCGCUACAAGAUGAAGCGGGCGCGGGCCGAGAAGGGGAUGGAAGUGACUCCGCUGCCGUCGCCGCGCCGCGUGGCUGUGCCCGUGCUGGUCCGCGACGGCAAGCCGUGCCACGCGCUCAAGGCGCAGGACUUGGCUGCAGCCGCCUUCCCCGCCGGCCUGCCCUUCUCGGCCUACAGCGCCCAGUCGCUCCAGCACAUGCCCUACAACGCCGCCCAGUACAGCUCGGCCAGCAACCCCCAGUACCCCUCCGCGCACCACUUGGUACAAGCCCAGCAGUGGACUUGGUGA